UCUGUGGCGUGUUUACGUGUAAAAUGUCAGUCAAACUUCAUUCGUAUUUUGAUUUUGGAUUAUGGAAAUAUGGAUGGAUGGAAAAAGUAGAAAGGAAAUUUAAUAAAAUUGACAUGCAUUUUAAUAAUAGUUUAUACGUACAUGUGUAGAUAUUUAAAAUGGCUUGGCUCGCUGACCUCGCCGGUAGAGCGGAGACGCUACUCAACAACUUAGACGAGCAGACUGGUGCCGCUCUACGAAGCAAUGGCCCUAGGAGGAGAUACGAAGGGGAGUUUCCCGUACCUAUUGGAAACAGAUCAGCAAGUCCGAAAACACGAUUUCCAACAUCAAGGACAGCAUCAGUGAAUGAAAUGAAACCAAAUUAUGGCAUUAGAAAAGUAAUGCUGACUUCAAAACCGUUAGAAAAUGACUAUAAAAAAGAUCCUCCUAGGAGAACUAUGACUAUGAAGGCACUGCCUAAAUCGACUUAUGACAAUGGCCCUGGAACUUUAGUUGGUGGGACUAUGCCUAGUGAAUGUUAUGGAGUCAGACACAGAAGAUCAAGCUUACCAACAAAUAGAGAACUAAUGUAUCAACAAAACUAUGCGUACGAAAUGAAUGAUGUAAUAGUUGAAAACACUGUAUUGAAAAAUGAACUCAAUGUCUUGCACAAAGAGGUAUCACAGUUGCUUGACAGACUGGGGCAGACGGAGGAUGGUAAUGAUGUAGUUAGUGAACAAGAACUAUCAAAAGCAACUGUAAAGCUUAAAACAGCAGAGCAAGCGAGUCAGCAAAACCAAGUGGACAAGUUGUCCCUUUCUGCACAGUUUGAGGAGUUGAAAAUGAAAAUACACGAGCUAACCGUCACAGAGGUGGAAAGGCAGAAGCUGCAAUGUAAACAGCUGGAGAUGGAAAUAGACCUGAUGAAGAAUAGAAAUAUGGAGUUAGAAGAACUCGUAAGACAGCUCAACAAACAAGCUUCCGAACACGAAUCCCACCAAAUGAAAGCCGAGAAAGAUCUGAAACACGCACAAACAACCAUCGACGAACUCCAGUCAAACCUGGAGAAGAGUACAGUGGAGUGUAGAAGGCUCGAAGCGGACUGGGAGGCGUACAAGUCGAGGGUCAAGAGUACGCUCGCUGCGAAAGAUAAGGAAAUAAAGCAGUUGCAACACGGACUUAAUUUGACUGAGGAUACUAAGAUUUUGAUUGAGCAGUUGGAAGUGUUAAAGACGGAGCGAGAAGAACUAACCGAGUUUGUGGCAAGCAUACGGCGCGAGAGCAACGAGACGAAGCAACACGUCGAGGCGCUUGAGUCGCGCUGUGACGCCGCGGAGCGCGUCGUCGCCGCGCUGCGGGAGGCGCUCAAAGACGAACGGAGUCUCAAAACGCGCGCCGACUCGCAGGUUGCUGCGCUUACUAAGGAACUAAAAACCCUCCAAUCCGAAACGAAUCAAACGCUCGUCUCCCUCCACACAGCGCUGCGAGAAAAGGACAACGAGAUAUCCAGUCUGAAAGAGAUAGCUGCGCACAGCGCCGACACUAGCGCCCUCAACGUCGCCGACUACGAUGACCAGGCGAGCAUAGACAAUGAGAAGAUUCAUUAUCUGACGCAGACUUUGGUACAGAGGCAGGGGAAGAUUGACUCGUUGCUGGCGGAUAAUAAUAUGAUGAGGAUACAGAUAGAAAAGUUGGAGUGUAAAUACAAGUCGGAACUAUCGGCCCUCCGCGCAAGAAACUCACAUAGUGUGGUCCAACUACAACACGAGGAACGAUCCCGUCGCGCGCGGCAAACGGGCUUCUUCGGCGGACUCUCGGUGAAGAUCGGGCACAUGUUCCGAUACCCGGUGUUCAGGAUGUUCUUGCUGUUUUAUAUGCUGGGUCUUCACUUUUGGGUGAUAACCGUGCUCCUUACAAGUACCCCAGAUGUCUUCAACAAGUCAGGAUUAAGGAAGGAAAGCUUAGAUAGGACUCAUCCAUUCCAUACUUAAGGUUAACCUUUUGGAUACUGCGUUCGUUCGUUCGUUCGUUCGUUCGUUCUUCGAGAGUAAAGGUCGGUUGCACCAAAUCGCCCGUCGUCGGUACAAUGUUCGCUAAAUAUUAUUGUAUGGGCAGGUUCGUCGUAGUUGUAGUUCACUGUUGAUUGACGAUUAUCAGUCUGUGAAAUGUGGUUGGUGCAACUAUCAAACGCGAGCCGUGUUUACGGAUACACCAUAUUAUGGUGAGAUAUACGUACUCGUUGCCGGGCGUAUUAGACGAAUGAAAGAGUUAAGAAGGUAAAAUACGAUAUACAUGUUUAUUAUUUGGUGCUAACUUUAAAUUAGUGAAGUAUAUAAAUAAAAUGUAAAUAAGUAUGUUGAGUAAUUGGUUUUUUAACGUUUUUUCAAUUUGGUGUUAUGUACUGUGUUUAUAAAGAAGUAUUUUUGCCACCUUGUAAAUAAGAUAUAUAAACGAUAUUACGUGGUAUGAUGCUAAUUUUUGGAUAUGGGUGUCAACAUUACAUCGUUCCAUUACUGUGAUAAAUCUUAUCUUUUGCCAUUUCUUUGUGACAUAUUUUAAGUUAUUUUUUCAGUUGUAUACUGAUCCUCACACAUGUUCAAAAUUUGCACAUUUAUUUUCUAAGUUCUAUGACACAAGUUCUAUAAAUAUUGCAUCUCCUUCAGUUCGAAUGCAAAUCUACUACACAGUUUACUCCGAAAUGGUUGAUUGUUUAUCAUUUUGUUCGGAUCAUUGUGUAACAUUUUAGUGUUACUGGUUGGUUAGAAGCUGCGUCGUCUCAAAUUACAUGUAAAAUUAUUUUCUGCAUCAAGAUUAAAGUGCACAAUAUAUGUGUCUCCAUAAA